AUGGCCAGAUUUCUGUGGAAAUUCAUGCUAGUUUCUUUGAUCAAGCAAGUGAAGCAAAUGCAGCUCAUGGUGUCCGACGACCAAAUGAGUCACAUACUUGCUGUGCUAGAACAGCAGGUACUGAUCGUUCAAAGCCAUGCUGACAUCGUACCUCAGGCUGGGGUGGGUGAGCCCCAAGCUUGUACUGCCCCAGUCGGGGCAGAGGCAGGCCCAAGACGGCCAUACCAAGAUGCCAUCUCAAGCGAUCUCAACAACGUGCUCGACACAAUCGACCGUGCUGUCGGAAAUUCCAGCGCUGUGCCCGCCAGGACGACUGAGCAUGAGGAUCCUCUCCCUACCGACACCCCUUGGUUAGGAAGUAUUGGCGAUGAGAGCUCCGCAGGAGCAAAUAUUGACGAUCUCUUCGCCAUGGACGCCGUCAAUUGGGACUCGUCCUGGGAGGAAAGUUUUGCGGGCCUGGGCGUACCGAUAGGUACGGCAGGUACACAGGAGGUGUACUACGACUUUUCCGGCGCAGCGACUUGA